AGGGGUGUCCUUAGAGUGAGGUUUUAAGGUAAGGUAGGUUUCUCUCAACUCACUCUCUCUCUCCUCUCAGGCUACCUGACAAAGCUGUCCCAGCUGCACACGGUACUAGCUCUGGCCCAGCAGCUGAGUGCUGACGUACAACUGUCAUCUUCACACAAGUACAUCGCCCACCAGACUGCCCUGCUAUACCAAUGUGUGAGUCAGACAGCACUGUUCCCAGACAUCAAGAAAGACAUUGAGACUCAUUUCAAUACAUUGAAGACAGACUGCUCCUCAACUGAUGCCGGCUCACUGCCAAGACUCAGUCCUCCCCUGCAGACCUGGUUGGUGGAUGUAUGUGGACAGCUACAGGAGAGAGCUGUGACUAUACCAUCUCAAACUAUAGCAUCCUCUCACCACAUCACUUCAUUACUGAAAUAAUGUUAGCCCUCCAUUUUAUGAAAAAAUAGGACAAGAGACCAGUGAUAAGUC